AUCUCAGCCUGAGCUCCUGGGAUCCUGUCACCAUGGAGACCGAAAGUGAGCAGAACUCCAGCUCCACCAGCGGGAGCUCCAGUUCUGGAGGAAGCACCCGUCCUCAGAUAUCGCAGAUGUCUCUCUAUGAGCGACAGGCAGUACAGGCCCUGCAGGCACUCCAGAGACAGCCCAAUGCAGCCCAGUACUUUCAUCAGUUUAUGCUCCAGCAGCAGCUUAACAGUGCCCAGCUUCACAGCCUGGCUGCUGUCCAGCAGGCUACAAUUGCAGCCAGUAGACAGGCCAGCUCCCCCAACACCAGCACCCCGCAACAGACCACCACCACCCAGGCCUCUAUCAACCUAGCCACCACGUCAGCUGCUCAGCUGAUCAGUCGGUCACAGAGCGUGAGUUCCCCCAGCGCCACAACCCUGACACAGUCUGUGCUCCUUGGGAAUACCACCUCACCGCCUCUCAACCAGUCACAGGCCCAGAUGUAUCUCCGGCCACAGCUGGGGAACCUGUUGCAGGUAAACCGGACCUUGGGCCGCAAUGUGCCUCUUGCCUCCCAACUCAUCCUGAUGCCCAACGGGGCUGUGGCCGCUGUCCAGCAGGAGGUACCACCCACUCAGUCUCCUGGGGUCCAUGCAGACACAGACCAGGUGCAGAACUUGGCUGUGAGGAGCCAGCAGACCUCGGCCACUAACGCCCAGCUCCAAGGCUCUGCGCAGAAGGCAGCUCUGCCAGGAAGCUCCCAGGCUUCGGGCUUACCGCAGGCCACCAGCACGGGCCAGACCUUGGCAGUGGCUCAGGCCUCCUCCGGCAGCGCGGGCCAGUCCCUCAACUUGAGCCAGGGGGCAGCAGGCAGCAAUGGUGUCUCCGGGGGUGUGGUGGCAAGUGGUGGGAGCCAGACCUCAACGGGGUUGAGCCAGACCUCCUCGGCAGGUGCCGCUGGCAGUUGCCAAAGGAAAGGCACGGGGGUGGUUCAGCCAUUACCGGUAGCAGCUGCCCAGGCCGUGACUGUCAGCCAGGGAAGCCAGACGGAGACAGAGAAUGCAGCCACAAAGAAGGGCGAAACAGACAGCGGCGGACAGCAAACGGUGGGCAUGAACCUGACCAGGACUGCUACACCAGCACCUAGCCAGACGUUGAUCAGCUCAGCCACAUAUACACAGAUCCAGCCACACUCACUGAUCCAGCAGCAGCAGCAGAUCCACCUGCAGAAGCAGGUGGUGAUCCAGCAGCAGAUCGCCAUUCAUCACCAGCAGCAGUUCCAGCACCGCCAGUCUCAGCUCCUCCACACAGCCACCCAUCUUCAGCUGGCCCAACAGCAGCAACAGCAGCAAGCACCAUCUCUGACCCAACAGCAGCAGCAAGCUCAACCUCCGCAGCAGCAGGCUCCACCUCAAAACCAGCAGCAGGCUCAGACCCUCGUGGUGCAACCUAUGUUGCAAUCCCAGCCACAGCCUGUGCAGCUCCAGCAGGACAGUCCUUGCCAGCCAGCCACCAAGUCACCUGUUCCAAUUCAGUCAAAAUCUCUGGUCACCCCCAUCAAACCACCUCAGCUUGGGCCUGCCAAAAUGUCAGCAGCACAGCAGCCUCCACCACACAUCCCAGUGCAGGUGGUGGGUACUCGGCAGCAGGGCUCAGGCCAAGCCCAAGCACUGGGUUUAGCUCAGAUUGCUGCAGCAGUGCCGACAUCCCGGGGAAUGCCAGCUGUGGUCCAGCCUGUUUCCCAAGCCCAUGCUGCUUCCCCGUCAUUGUCUUCAGCUCCAGCAUCCUCACAGGAAGCUCCUCCUCUCACCACAGGGGUGAAUUUGGCACAAGUUCAAGGCACGGCCCACAUGGUGAAGAGCCCAGCCUCCUCUCCAGUUGUGGCUCAGAUGCCAGCAGCAUUCUACAUGCAGUCUGUCCAGUUGCCAGGCAAGUCUCAGACCUUAGCAGUUAAGCGCAAGGCAGAGUCGGAGGAGGAGAAGCAGGAAUCACCCAGUGUCACUGCACUCCUGCCUGCCAGGUCCUCUCCUGUGACAGACAGCCCCAAAAACAUGGAGGAGAAGAAUGGCCUUGGAGAUAAAUCUGAUCCUGCUGCCAUUGCAACCCCAAACACCACCUCAAGUGAAGGAGCAUCAGUCACCCCCACCUCUGCUCCCACCCCAAACUUGGCAAUGGUGUCACGUCAGAUGGGAGACUCCAAACCCCCACAAGCCAUCGUCAAGCCCCAGAUCCUCACACACAUCAUUGAGGGCUUUGUCAUCCAGGAAGGAGCAGAGCCCUUUCCAGUGGGUUGUUCUCAGCUGCUGAAGGAAUCUGAGAAACCGCUGCAGGGAGAGGCUCCUUCUGGCCAGAGUGAAAACCUGUCCAGCAAUUCUCCGGGAGGGGACAGUGCUUCUAUGGAGCUUGAUAAGAAGGCAAACUUGCUGAAGUGUGAAUACUGUGGGAAGUAUGCCCCAGCAACCCAGUUCCGUGGCUCCAAGAGGUUUUGUUCCAUGACCUGUGCUAAAAGGUACAAUGUCAGCUGCAGCCAUCAGUUUCGGCUGCAGAGAAAGAAGAUGAAGGAAUUCCAGGAAGCUAAUUAUGCCCGUGUCCGCCGACGGGGACCACGGCGCAGCAGCUCUGAAAUUGCUCGAACAAAGAUCCAGGGCAAGCGCCACAGGGGCCAGGAAGACUCAAGUCGAGGCUCUGAUAACUCCAGCUAUGAUGAAGCUUUGUCCCCUACAUCUCCAGGACCCCUGUCAGUAAGGGCCGGUCACGGAGAAAGGGACCUGGCAAACUCUAGUAUGGCCCCACCUACCCCAGAUCUACAUGGCAUCAACCCAGUCUUCCUGUCCACCAAUCCCAGUCGCUGGAGUGUGGAGGAAGUGUACGAGUUCAUUGCAUCACUGCAAGGGUGCCAGGAGAUUGCUGAGGAGUUUCGGUCACAGGAAAUUGAUGGCCAGGCCCUGUUGCUUCUGAAGGAGGAACACCUCAUGAGUGCCAUGAACAUCAAGCUGGGACCAGCUCUCAAGAUCUGUGCCAAGAUCAAUGUCCUCAAGGAGACCUAACAGCUCUGAAGCCAGAGGUCUCACUUUUGCUCUGACCCCAGGGCAGCUGCCAGCUUUGGAGCAUCCUGCUGGGGCGGGGAAGAAUGGGACGGUCCCCUGUGGUCUUGCAUUCAAGAAGAAUGAGAAGGAAUUUAACUGAUUGAAACUGCCAUGCACAAGCCCAUGUCUUGGUCUCUUAAUGGUGCUACAAGGGGGAGGAAAACUCCCAGCUGGGGCCUUGAAACAUCUUUCCUUCUUCCUGAUUUUGAAUAUGCCUCUCCCGUAUACUACAUAAAGAUGGGAAGGGGACCUCUUUCUGUCUUAGCAGACUUCUGAAAGGGAACUGCCCUUGCCCCUUCUUGCUACAGCAGGUCUACUAGAUCUUAGUUUUGAAUCUUGCUGUGCCAGAACUUGAGGCAUAGGAAGAGCCGGCCCCACACGGACAGUGGGAGCAGCUGUGCCUGGGGCAUUUAGGAAGGGGAACUAGUAAAUUCCAAGUGACAGAGGUGGACAAACAAGAAUUUGAGCAAAAGGGGUUGCUGCUGUUUCACUCUUAAAAAAAGACCUAGGCUGUUCAUGAACUGGGUUUAAUAGCCAUUCCAGCAUGCAUACCAAACUUGAAGGCCUGUGGCAAUAGGAGCUGCCUUAGCUUUACUGUCUCCUGUAGAGAUGCAGAGUGAACACAAAGUGUUGUGGCAGCUAUUUGCUCCAGAUGCUCCUCUCUGAACCAGAGGAGGAUUUAUCCUGAGUACUUAUGACAAGGUGAUGGGAAAAUCGAAGGGGAGGGGGAGUGUCUUAUGCUGGGGAACCCUGCAGCACUAGGUUUAUCUCCCCAUUGUGCUGGGGCAUAAUUUACAGAUCCAAAGCAGGCUCCAGAAGCGCCAAGGCUCUUCAUAAAAUGGGCUGGGGUUUUGGUUUUGGGUUUUUUUUGUGUUCUCUUAUCAGUUUGUAUUAUUUUUGUGUCUGUCUUCAUUAUCCUCAGGAGAGCUUAUGGGACAAAGUUUAAGCUGGCAGGAUUGUAUUGCCUGCCUCAGGCUUUUUUUUUUUGUUGUUGUUUUGGUUGGUGUUGUAAAACAAAUUUCUCUUCCUCAGUUAAAAAAAAAAAACCAAACCAAAAAAGCACCCUCCAACAACUGAAUACUAAUCCUUUAAUGCUACUUCUCUUUUCUAAGGCAUAGAAUUAUGUUAUAGGCUGAGUCCCUCCCUUUCAGCCCCUCCAGGUUUGUUUUUUUUUAAGGACCAAGUGUGGUAUUCUGAAGUUUUGUAACCAGAUUGCCAAAGGUGAAAACCUGAGCAGAGUGCUUCUCAUCCAGGAGCACCUCUGCCUCAAACAGGCAAAAGACCUGAAGAAAUUACACAAAACAUGAAGAGGUAAGUGCCCCCUAGAGCCAAAUACCUGAAAGCAAGAUGAUUUUAUAAACCAUGUGUCUCAGCUUUUCUGUUUUCAGAAGUUUCACGUGAAAUAUUUGAGUGAAACUAAGACUGUUCAUUGUGGAAAGCACCUACUGUUGCAGGAAAGUGGUAGUGGCAAGGCAGGAGGCCUAAUAGCAUAGGUAGGAAAACAUUAGAGAUCUUUGGAAUGGCUCUUUAUUGACCCAUGUUAGAAAAAGAGAGGAGGGAAAGUGCUUAGAAGAUGGAUAAAAUGUGGCAGCAGCUUCCUAGUCUUAACUGUACUGUUGAAUCUCACUUUAAUGACAUCCUUGUUUCUGUGAGAGGAGACUUCUGAGACUUGUUGAAUCAAAAUAGGCCCAAAGGAAGCUGCCCAUGCUUGCGCCCUGGUAACACUAUUUGGUCUGAUGUAAUUUGGGGGCAGGGAAGGGGGAAGGUUAGAAUCUCUAACCGCAAUCAGCAGAGGAAGGCUGCCCUUAAACCAUUUUAUCCUUAGCAGGCUGGGUGUGAUAAAACUCCUGUUUAGUUUGACCCUUGGCAGGGUGGGCAGGCAGCUAGCCUGCCUAUGUUACUAGCUACUUCUGAGGACCGGAUUUUAUUUCAGUCAAAUGGGAAGGCUUCACUUCUUCAUUUCAUGUUCAGUGUUCUUAAUAAAAAAUACUUGUUCAGGC